AUGCAUUCCCUUAUCCACCUGCUAGUGUGUGCCACUAUUAUCUCCAUAGUACAAAGUUACAGUAGUGACGAUAUGAAGGAUUCUGUUCUCCAAAAACUUGGACUAACGGAACUUCCCAAGAUCCAGAAGAGCGACUUGGAACAUCUGGUCGUUCCGACUCACAUCAAGAACAAGUAUAUGUCAUUGCUGAAAAUGCACAACAAAAGACGACGAAGAUCUCUGCCAAGCUUGGCAGGAAUACUCCGGCGCAUCCAUGGCAGUACAGACAUAACAGGACAAGUGAUGUACUCGGACAUAACUCGUCAGCGCUUCGUGUUUGACAUGGAGCCAAGAGUGCAAGCGAACAGAGAGGUCACCAUGGCAGAACUAAAACUUUAUCAGACAGCUCCGCGUAAGAUGCCAGUACUGGAGAGAAAAAAACACAGGACCGUAAACAACGCGCGCGUAAGCAUAUACUGGGUGGAGGUGUUGGAAAAUGGUUCCAAUAAAACAUCACUUGUAGACUCAAGGUUAGUGCCGGUAUACCAGGCCGGUUGGAGGAACUUUGAUGUGACUCAAGCAGUUCACUAUUGGUCCAAGUCUCAGAGGAAAACACCCUUGCAUUUGGAGGUGUGGAUUCAAGGAGAGAGGCCUGGCAGUUAUGCUGCUCAAAUGGCAAAGCGAGUGCAUUUCAUCACACAAAAUUCAUUGCUAAACACACUGGACACAAGUCUAGGGACACCGGAGCUCGUUUUGUACACCUUAGACUUGGACGAAUAUGGGUCCCCGAGCGACUGCAGGCGAAGCAGGGAUAAUAUGAUGUGCUGUCGAGAAGAACAUUACAUAAACUUCCGAGAAUUAACAUGGACACAGUACUGGAUCCUCGAGCCUGCUGGAUACCAAGCUUUUCGAUGCACAGGAGGAUGCAAGCAGGCAAAACGCAAUUAUGGAUAUGGGCAGAGGUCCUGCGCAGUCCUGGAGAGCGAAUCGUUACCGGUGAUGUAUCUUGUGAAGAAAGGCGACCACACAGAAAUCGAGGUGGCCGAAUUUCCAGACAUGAUUGUUGAAAAGUGUGGUUGCUCCAUAGACAAAAUGUCCACAGUGUGA